UAAUAUAAAAAAACCAGAGACAAAACUCUUGAAAGAGGACUACGAAAGUUUCAAACAUAAGUUUUCUUCGAUGAAAGAGGAAAAUAAAUGGAAAUUAUCUACCGGAACGGUAGUAGAAAAUAGACUAUAUAAAUUCGGAAUCGAAUGUAAAUACGAGCAUCUGGCGCACUCGUUGAUAAUUGAUCCAAAUGACGAAAAUUAUAUAAACCAAAACGUUUUCACGAGGGAAGAACUCGAGGAAAUAAAAGAGUUUCAAAUGAAACCGACUCCUAAGAUUUCUUCUGACUUGUUGGAAUACAUAGAAAGUUACAAUAUAGACAAUAUUUUGGAUUUGAGAAAGCGGGUUAAUAAUAGCGAAGCUUUUAAUGAAAAUUUCGAAAGAUCGAGACACUUUGAUCAUGAUUGGAUCAAGAACGCUGCUUAUAAUUUAUUAAGAGAAUAUGAAAAUGAAAGCUUCGCAAAAAACCAUCUUGAAGCAUGGUAUACAAUACAUCUAUGGAGUUUUAUUGAUAAAGUAUUUGAAGAUCUAAAUGAGGUUGAAAUAAUUAGGGGAGAAUCUUCCAGUAUUGCUUCUGCUGAACGUAAAAAUACACAUAGAACAGUUCCUGCUGUUGAAUCUUUAAGACGCAAAUCUAUGGGCAGUCGUGGUGACAUGUUAAUUAGGAAAGGUCACAAAGAAUACGGAUGUGCAGAAAUCGGAAAAUUUUUUGAGGGUGAAAAUGCAACAAAGUUACUAAAGGAAAGAGGUUUGAAGGCACCAAAAAUGCUAAAAGAUCAAUAUUGUAACUUGUGCAAAUACAUCAAUUAUGAAGAAGAUAAAGUCAGAAAAAUUGAAACAAUUGCAUUCAUCCAUUCUGGAAUGAUAAUGAUGCUAUUACGGUUAGAUUCACCAAUCGGUUACAUAUGCAGAAUUUCACGAACCAAAACCUAUGAAAUUCCAACUCGAAUUAACGAAUUUGGGAAAAAAGUAUUACCUGCUCUUGUAGUAGCAUUGAAAUCUAAAAUGAUUGUUAGAAACACAAUUAAAUUGGUGGAGAAUAACGAUUAUUCAAAAGCAGAGUAUUUAGAAUACUUACAAGAUUGUGGUGAAAUAGCUAUGAAAAAAACAUACAAAAGAAGAAUCAAUAUCCCAAUGUGUUUUCAGGAACCCAGAAAGAAAUUAAAAACGAUAACAAACAAGAUGGAAUCGAGAAUACCAAAUGAAAAAUGA